GUAAGUCACGAGUCACGUGAAAGAUGAAAGUGAAAGAAUAGGUAGAAGUAAACAUAAGAAGUUUCAGCUUCACGAUGGUGCUGAAAUGUUUAGUAUUUGUUUGUUUUAUUUGUACUUUUCCUUUGCCAACAAAGCAAGAUGUAAAUCCAUCAGAUGUCAAACAAGUUCACCUUAUAUUUAUGAACCAUCUUGAUGUUGGAUUUGGUGGAAUCAAACCACAAGUUGCAUUUAUCAACAACAUCCUCAAUAAAUAUUUUCAUGAAUAUUAUCCUAGAGCUAUCAGCUUAGCGAACCAACUGAGGGGUCUGGGAUAUGCAGAGAGAUUUAUCUAUACCACACAUGCCUGGCUAGUUAGCAUGUACUUGGACUGUCCAUCAAAUCUCGUUCUGUCAGGUGUUAAACUUAUGUGCCCUAAUGCCACAGAUGUAGCAGCAUUUAAAAAGGCUGUACAAUUAGGUGACAUCACAUGGCAUGCUGGACCAAUGAACAUGCAGAAUGAAAUGUUUGAUGUACCAAUGGUUGACUUUAGUUUGCAAAUAGCUGCAGAUUUAGAUGCAUAUUUUCAGAUAAAAAGACCAACCAGAGUUCUUAGCCAGAGAGAUGUGCCAGGAAUGUCUCAGAUGUUGUUACCUAUAUUUGAUAGACAUGGAAUACAGGCUAUAACCGUUGGUGUUAAUGGUGCCACAACCCCUCCAGCUGUACCCAAAAUAUUUAACUGGAAGUACAAGAAUACAAGUCUUAUAGCCAUGUGGCAUCCAGGUGGCUAUCCUAAUCAACCAGGUAUAUUUCCACAGAUGCCAGGAGGUUUAUCUGCUAAAGAUUGUGUAUCAUUUGAUGGAUUUGAUCAAGCUAUGUGUUUUGCUUUUAGAUCGGAUAAUGCUGGACCACCAGACUCUCUGGAAGAAAUUUUACUUUAUUAUGACAUUGCUCGUGGUCAGUUUCCUAAUGCAUUAGUUCAGGCGUCAACUUUCGAAGAUUUUGUUAUUUUAGCUAGGUCUAUUAAAGAUAAACUUCCAGUAGUUGACAAGGAGAUUGGAGAUGUCUGGAUUCAAGGAGUUUCCUCAGAUCCUUUAAAAGUGGCUAAAAUGAGAGCAUUUUAUAGAGCCAGAACUUACUGUAUUAAAACAGGAAUGUGUAAUUUAAAAGACAGGCAUUUUUAUAAUGCCAGUAGGUUUUUAGUGAAAUUAGCGGAACAUACAUGGGGUAUUGAUAAUGUUUAUGAUGCUGUUAACUGGACCAACAUACAGUUUCAUCAACGCCUGAAAAAUAAUGCACCUACAUACACCAAUGCUAUAAAUUCCUGGAUAAGUCAGCGAGCAUUUCUAGAUGUUGCUAUGGAGGCACUGGGAGAUCAUCCUUUAGUUUCUAUGGUUACUAAAGAAUGGCAGCAGAUACAGUCAACCCCACCAGACAUAACAGAUAUGGAAGAAGUACCUAGUGAGACAGAUAUAUUAACAUGUGAUAAAGGAUAUAAGAUAGGAUUUAAUGAACAGGGACAAGUUACAACACUUAUAGAUCCUUAUACAAAGACAAAUUGGGCAUCAGAAACAGAACCACUGGGUCAGUUUUUAUACCAGACCUAUAACCAGACAGACUUCGAUGUACUGGAUGCAGCUACUACACCAUACUCGAAACAUUUCUUCUUGGGUAUUGGGAAACCUAACCUCACUAAAAACGCUCAGUCCGAGAGUAAAUUUUGGAGAACUAGGUUGGUACAACGCUACAGAAAUAACAAAAACUCUCAGUGUGAUUUUUUGAUCCACAUACAGAUAGCUGAGAGUAGAGCUGUAUCGUAUUAUGGUGCUCCACCAGGUAUCUGGAUUAGAUAUACAAAACCUGAAGGAGAAUUAGGCAUGGCGAUAGAGGUACAGUGGUAUAAUAAACAACCAACCAGAUUACCAGAAUCCAUUUUCUUCUCAUUUCAAUCAAAAACACGACCAGGUUACCAAUGGCAACUACAUAAAUUAGAUCAAAUUCUAGAUCCUCUGAAUGUGGUUACUAAUGGUAGUCAGAGAUUACACGUCAUUGAUCGAGGAGUUAUGUAUUCAAAACUGUCGUCAGGGUUACUAAUCGAAUCUCCAGAUGUUGCUAUGGUGACAGUAUUGACAUCUGAGAAUGGAGCAUCCAGCCUACCAUUGCCGUUAACAUGUAUUAAAGAUGUAAAGGGCAUGGCCUUUAAUUUAUAUAAUAAUUUAUGGGAUGUUAAUUAUAUAUUCUGGUAUCCAUAUUUAGCUCAAGAUAAAAAUCAGAAAUUUCGAUUCAUGUUAAAUUUCCCAAGGAGUGAGAAAGACAAGGAUAUCUUUUAGUCAUAAUUCUGACUUAGCAUAUGGCCAUCCAUAUAAGGGAAAGGAAGUUGUUUAGUUAUAAAAUAGUUAUUUACAACUUGCUAAGCUUUCUAGUUAGAUAAUUCUGAAUUUGCUUAUGACCAUUUGAGGAAAAGUAAGCUUUUUAGUCCAGGCCCAGUCGAGUGGGGGGGGCUAAAGCCCCCCCAAUAAAUUGGCCGCAAGUACUCUUUUCUCCAGGUUAUUGCCUAUAAGGACCUAGGAUGGAAGCCCCCCCCCCUCAAUCAAGAAUUGCUUCCGCCGGCCCUGUAGUCAUAAAAUAGUUAAUUCAACUGGAUACAAGUCUCUAAGUUAGUUAAUUCCUGGUUUGCUUCUGACCAUUUAUUUUUGGUAAAGUAAGGUGGAAUGUAGUGACAUAAUAAUUUAAAUUUGAGAACAAUGAAUAUAAUAUGUCUGUUUAUCUUUUUGUAACUACUUCACAAAAAAUAUACACAUAAAGUUUAAUUUCUCGAACCACUGAACAACACUAAAUACGCUUUAAGGUUUGAGCUGAAAUUGUACCUUAAGGUGGUUAGUUAAGCUUAAGGUAUUUAAUUGAAUACACGAUCGAAACAGACAUGAUUGAAUAAAAACAAAUUGUAUUUUAAGUUGCAUAUAUGGUAAAUGUAGCCUGUUUGGAGUAAUAAAAUUUCAAAAGUAAAAGGGAAUCAAUAUCAGGGGGAAUAAUAGAAAUAUUUAAUUUUAACCUUUACUGUGAUAUUUGCAAAAUCUCAGAAUCUGAUUUUCAAGGAACCUUGCUGACCUGAUUAUUUCACUGCUUGAAGAUUUGUAUGGAAUAUUUUUGCCAAUAUUCAUAAGUUCAAUUAUUUUAAUGAAAAAACAAUCUGUCAGCUCGGUUCUCUGUAUCUUUUGAUUCAGAGGAUUUUGAAGUUUAUUGUCAGGAGAUUCCUUGUACAUUCUAGUAAAAUUUUAGGCCUGAAUCAUAGUUUUCUUUCAUGUGAUUUCUAUAUUCUGAGAAAAUUUUGAUGGUUAUAGCAAUUUUAUGAUAAUAAUGUCCAUGGCAUUUCUAUUUUCUUGCAUUCCCUUAAGAAGAAGAAUUUGAAAAUUUUAUAAUCAAUGUGUUAAAAUUGUAUUAUUUGUAUGUUGUUAAAUGAUUUUGUUAAUUUUUUACCAACUCAAUCAGGGUUUUUUAUGCUCAAAAAGGUUUUGUUUCCAUUUUAUUCUUCAGUUCUUUGAAUGGCAUUUAGUAAUUGGAAAAUAAUCAAAUAAAACAUAAUCAAAUAAAUAACUAUUUGUGGAUAAGAAUUACAGUGAAAUAAACCAUAGUAAUUGUUAUCCAUAAAUAGUGUUUUAUUUGAUUAUUCUUCAGUUGUUUUCUCCAUAUGAUUAUAACCUACUGUAAAAACCUUUUUUUAUAGGAUGUGUUCAACAAUGUGUACAUUGUGAUUAUAAUCUUUUAGAGGCAUUUAGUAACAGGACAGAGCAUUAAGCCAGUAAUUGUUCUUUCAUAUGUUGUUCUUAGUGUUUAACAUCUGCUUCCACCAAAGGUGAUAUCGCAGACAAGUUUUAUUUUUUCAUUUUGAUUAUGCGCAGGGGUCUUUCCUGUGAGAGGAAACCGGAGUACCCAGAACAAACCCAUCUCCAAGCCACAUAUGCUCACACCAGGGAUCGAAACCACAGCCGCAAGUCAGAGGUGACCGGCCAGCUAGAUGUCGAAGCACGACACUCUAGACCAUGUGUUAUAAUUUAUUACAUUAUGGUUCAAAAUCAAUCUAUCCAUACAGAAAAGUUUGAUUAUCAUGACAUUUAAUUGGCUGAUUAUAUGCUGUCAUGUCAUGACCUAAACAUGUUAAUGGUUUCACCAAUCAAAUACAUGAAAUGAAACUAACAUUUAGUUUUAAUCAGAUUGAUGUCAAAUCCUGAUUCAGUUAUCUUUAUUUAUAAUUAUGAAAUAAAUUUAUCUUUUUUAAUAUU